GAACGAUGACAAGAUGGCCAUUUAAUGAAGGAAAGGACUGGAGCUGGAAGAAUCCAUAACACGUGACCACAUUCCUACCAUAUUCGUUUUGCUUUCAUUUUAUUCCUCCUCCGUCUCGCCAUCACCACCACAACUGUUCUCACCCUCAUAACUCUAUACGGAUUUUAUUCCUCAUCUCUGAAACCCCUCUCUCUUUCUCUUUUAAUGGCAGAAUCCCAUCAUAAACUCUCUAUUUGCCUCUUAACAGCCAUGGAUUAUCUUUGGUUUCACCAUGCCAUUCUCCUCUCACAACCCACUUCGCUCCUUGUUCCAAAAGCACCCCUCAAAACACACUCUCUAUCACCCAACCAAUAUUCUUUAUCGUCAACGCCUGUAGAUAUUCAAGACCCAGAAAAAUCAUCAGCUUCUGCUCAAGUUUCCCCACUGGUUGAAGAUUCUAACGAUAAGAUAAAAGGGAAGGAAGUGAACCUGAAAGAAAGGCCAACCAGAUUGAAUGCGUUGCAGAAGUCGAUGAGCUGUAGGAGUAUGUGGGAUCUGGAGCUUGAAGAAGUGAAAGGGUUUAUGGAUCUUGGAUUCAUAUUCAAGAAGGAAAAUCUAAACCCCCAAAUGAUACGCGUUGUCCCUGGUUUGCAAAGAGUUAAAAGUUUUAAAAAUAAACCCUGCCGCAGUACAAAACCAGAAUUUGAUGCUGAAGAUAUUGAAGAAGAUGAACAUGAACAUGAGAAAGGUAUUAUGAGACCAUAUUUAUCAGAGGCAUGGCUAAUAAAGAGACCCGACUCACCACUGCUAAAUUUAAAAAUUCCAAGAGUUAUUACGGCAGCUGACAUGAAGAAACACUUAAAAUUUUGGGCCAAAAUAGUUGCAUCAGAAAUUCAGCAAGAAUGUUAGCAUUAUCAGUUCUUCGUAACAAAUCUUAAGAAUAGAUUGACCACUGUAAAAAAGAAGUAUAUAUGUUGAAUGAAUGCAUAAAUAAACAAAGGUUUUCA